AUGCGAGUCAUCCCACCACGUUUCCGUGACGGCAACUACAUCAUAGCUUUCCUGCUGCACAUGGCUUUCAGCUCCUCUUGUUACUGUACACUUCCAUUGGGGCUGGGAGAUGGACAGCUCUUUACCUGGACUGAUGGCUUAAAAAGGAAGGAUUGGCAUGAUUAUGAAAGCAUUCAAAAAGAUGCUAUGCGUUCAGGGAAAGGUGAACAUGGAAAGCCAUACCCUCUUACAGAGGAAGACCACGAUGAUUCUGCUUAUAGGGAAAACGGCUUCAACAUAUUCGUUAGCAACAAUAUAGCACUGGAACGAUCACUGCCAGACAUCCGACAUCCUAACUGUAAGCACAAGGUGUACUUGGAAACACUACCAAAUACUAGCAUAAUUAUCCCAUUUCAUAAUGAAGGCUGGACUUCACUCUUGAGAACAAUACACAGUAUUAUCAACCGCACCCCAGACAGCCUGAUAGCAGAAAUCAUUCUUGUGGAUGACUUCAGUGACAGAGAACAUUUAAAAGAGAAGCUGGAGGAAUACAUGGUCCGUUUUGCCAAAGUGAGGAUUGUACGAACCAAGAAACGAGAAGGGCUCAUUCGAACCAGACUGCUAGGAGCCUCACUGGCUAGAGGAGAAGUCUUGACAUUUCUGGAUUCCCAUUGCGAAGUCAACGUGAAUUGGCUGCCUCCCUUGCUUAACCAGAUUGCACUUAACCACAAAACCAUCGUGUGUCCUAUGAUCGAUGUCAUUGACCACAAUCACUUUGGCUACGAGGCACAGGCGGGGGAUGCCAUGCGAGGAGCUUUUGACUGGGAAAUGUACUACAAAAGAAUACCGAUUCCUCCAGAGCUCCAGAGAGCUGAUCCCAGCGACCCCUUUGAGUCUCCUGUAAUGGCUGGAGGUCUAUUUGCUGUUAAUCGGAAAUGGUUCUGGGAGCUGGGAGGCUAUGAUCCAGGAUUAGAAAUAUGGGGAGGAGAGCAGUAUGAAAUCUCCUUUAAGGUGUGGAUGUGUGGAGGUGGCAUGUAUGAUGUUCCAUGCUCUCGAGUUGGACAUAUCUACAGGAAGUAUGUCCCAUAUAAAGUCCCUUCUGGAACCAGCCUAGCACGGAACCUGAAGCGUGUGGCAGAGACAUGGAUGGAUGAGUUUGCAGAGUACAUUUACCAGCGACGGCCUGAGUACAGACAUCUCUCAACUGGUGAUAUCUCUGCCCAGAAGGAGCUGCGCAAGCACCUGAAGUGUAAAGAUUUCAAGUGGUUCAUGGCUGCAGUGGCUUGGGACGUCCCAAAAUAUUACCCACCUGUGGAACCUCCACCUGCUGCCUGGGGCGAGAUUCGAAACGUGGCAGCCAACCUCUGUGUGGACAGUAAACAUGGAGCCACAGGGACUGAGCUGAGGCUAGACAUCUGUGUGAAGGAUGGCUCAGAACGAACGUGGUCACAUGAACAGCUCUUCACCUUUGGUUGGAGAGAAGACAUCCGCCCUGGGGAGCCACUUCACACCAGGAAGUUCUGCUUCGAUGCCAUUUCGCACAGUAGCCCUGUCACACUGUAUGAUUGUCAUGGGAUGAAGGGAAACCAGCACUGGAGCUAUAGGAAGGACAAAACUUUAUUCCAUCCGGUAAGCAGCAGCUGCAUAGAUUGCAACCCAGCUGAGAAGAAGAUUUUCAUGAGCAGAUGCGAUCCUUUAUCUGAAACUCAACAGUGGAUUUUUGAACAUAUUAAUAUGACUGUUUUAGAAAAAUUUAACAGCAAGGCCAGUUCCUAGAAAGAAAAAAAAAAGAGAAAAAAUGAACACACCUAUUUACGUACAGACUGCAGACUACGUUUUCGCCAGCAUCUGGGUCAAAGGAGUCAGGAAUUAAGUUUCCUAGAUCCAGGAAAUCUGUUCUGAGGAUUAAGAAAAUGCCACAGCAAGAGCCAGCAGGCUGUCCUUGUGGAUGUACAGUAUCUGGAGAACUUGGCCAAGAGCCUCACCGGAUGCUGCUGAGAACUUCAGGCUGAAAAUUCCCUUGCUGGUCAAGGGAAAAACUUUGUUUAAAAACUGUUUAAAAGUACUCCAAGUUAAUAAAGUAAAACAAAACUCUAGUUUCUCAGGUCAAAUCCUGCUGUAGUGAGUAGCUCAGAACAGGCGCUAUAAUUUGGGAUGGGUAUAUGGUGUGCAUGACAGCUACAGGAACCUGAAGAAAUCCCAGGUUUUAGAACUAAACAUGCUAGUGGAAGAAUAAUGAUGUCCCAGCACUCCCUAAACAAGAUAUAUGCUCUGUUGACAUUCUCUUAAUAAAAAGUUGGGUUAAGCAGGUUUAACCCUCAGAACUGCUGCAAUUAAUUUUAAAUACCUCCCUUUUACAUUCCAUUCAUUACCAAAAUAGGAAUGGUAGAAAUUUUAGGGUCUAGAAUUACACUGUAGUGAAGCAUGGAAUAAACUGUAAGGUUUUGCUCUCAUAUUUUCCCCUUCAGGAAAAAAAGUAAAGCAAUCAAAUCUCUAUAUAUGAUAUAUUUAGCCAUUGUGAUUCAAAUCCCAUUGUCACAUAAGGUGAGAGGGUUUUUUAAGUGACAAAUAUAACAGCAGCAGCUGCAGCAUAGUGGAAGGCUUGUGGACUAGCUAUCUUUUCUAAAGGUAGAAUCCUUGCCAACGUAUAAAUUAAAUUGAAAAUAGGCUGGGAAAAAAAAUCGGGAGAGUAGGAAAUAAUUGCAUACUGCAUGCUGAACUAGAUUAGUCAAAUUAACAAUGGUAUGUUGCCAUCACCUAAAAGUAUGUUGACUCCCUGCAGUGCAACUUGAAAGAUCUUGCAGUGCUCUUGACAGAUAGGAAUGGAGAGAAAAAUUGACAUGAAAUCAGUUAGGUGGUUUCAAAGUUUUUGAAAUCUGUGAUGGAAAUCAUGUGAACUUUGCAGAGUUAGCAAGUGAAUGGUAUUGUAGAUAUCAGGAGGGAGGAAACUAGAUGUGCAAACAAGUUAAAUGUUGCAAUAUUUUGACACUUUAGGCACAGGCACAAUUCACGGUAACACAGACUUCUGUCACCCAGAUGAUCAUUAUGGUGUCUCUCAGACUCAUCAAGCCAUUGGAGUGAGAGGCCUCUCAAACUUCUUUGGGAGGGUGUCUGUGGUUCUCCUCAGUUAAUACUGAUGUGUGGAACAUGACUAAUAGCUUUGAGAUUGUUCAAGGUAAGAGCAAGUAUAAAUUUAUAUCAAAUAUGUGGCCUGCUUUUACUUGAAAGAUGAAUUCACAGAUGAAAGCACCAUAAAUGCAGAUAGAUCACAUGCUCUGUGCUGUAACUCCUUUCAGGUUCCAAAUAUAACAUUUAUAGUUAAGUUGCUUAUUCUGAUUGCUGAAGAGGUGGCCGACUAACCAAAAUACUGAUGUGCAAUCUACACUGUUUUGAGGGAGUGGAGUGACUGUUUUGUUUAUUUCUCUUUAAGCUGUGUUUAUGCACAAGAGCAUUGAUUGCAUCCAGAGGAUGGUUCUAAUACCAAUAACUGUGCUAUUUUAUGGCAGCACCUUGUAGUUGCAGGUCAUAGGAAAUUUUUAGGAGGGAAAUGAGAUCGUGUAGCAUUCAAGAUGCAUGCACUUGGAAAAUUGUGAAAUGCGUCCAUGUAUUUAGCAAUUGCUGCAAGUUAGUGAAGAAAUCUUUCAAAUAAUUUGAAAGAAAAAUAUCUACAGAGAUAAAUUUCUCAUUUUAUA